CCAAAUUUGGUAGUGUUCUAUGUAUUCCUUUGGAAUAAGCUAAAAAUACCAAGAGAGAAGCAAUGUAAAUAGUCAAUUAAAAAUUCUUUACUCUGACUUUGGUGAAGGCCUUUAAAAUAACACGGAGAGCAGAAACCGCAUUAUGAUGCCAGCUCCACAUGUCAGAAGCCAUCAGCUUUGAAAUAUAUGCGUAUGCAUUUAGUGUCAUAUUUUUUUCUUUUGAGACUGAACUUCCUGUCUUUAGAGAAUUGACUACACAAUUAAUACCUAUAUCUAAUCCCCAUAGUUCCCCAAUCCUCUUGAAGGAAAACUAAGUAAAAGUACCUCAACAUAUAUUAGCUCAGACGUUAUCUCAGAUUUAAUAAACAGGUAAUUCAACUUUACACCACAUUUUUAAAAAGAUGAAAUUUUUAUUUUAAUUUUUUUAACUCCCAAAUGAACCCAUUGCCAUCGAGUCAACUCCAACUCACAGCACCCCCAAAUGAGAAACCCUAAUAUUAAAGAAAAUGAUAGACUACACAGGUAAGAUACUCUCUGGGAAGGACAUUCUAAGGAUUUAGUACUGUUAGGCACUGGGGUGGAGAAAUACCGUAUCUGCUAUUAAAUGGCAUUAAUUUGAUAUGUGUGCCGUUCUUGUAACAAGAACAACCAUUUCGUUCACGUUAGAAAAUUAUAAAAUUCUUAAGUUUAUAAUCGUUGUCAAAGUAUUGCUUAGCUGUAAUUGCCAAAAUUUUUCCUACUUAGGGUUACGUUUCACAAAAGCUAUCUCCGACAGUAAUGUAUGUAUGCAUUUUGUAGAGAUGGCUGUGCAGAGUGAUUUUAAGGGAGAGAAAAUAAUAUGCUUGAGAUAAAUCCACAUAAUUGUACAGAGAAUCUGAGAGACUUCAGCAAGAAUAUUUCUAUCCUUUACUUUUGAUUCUGGGCUGGCAUACAAAGAAGGGAACAGCCAACGUUAUAUUUGCAGAAGCUGAACUGGAGUCUGUGGACUUAGGUAAGUGAUUUAAAAGCUCUCCAACCCAGCUUCAAUACAAUCGCUUGUUAAAACAAAAUAUAUUUUCCAGUAGUACUCUAAUUUUCCUCUUUCUUCAGUCAUUUCAUUUACUAUUCUAUGUUAUCCUAGGUUUUUAUUUAUUUUUUUCCAUUUAUAAACAUCCUCAUUGACAUUUCAACUUCUUCCUGUAAAGUUUUGGAGAGGGAAAUAUUUACACUUGAUCCAAAGUUUAAACAAAACAUAUUUGUAACAAAUGACUGGAAAAAACCAUACCUCACUGACUGAGUUCAUCUUGCUGGGAUUAGCAGACACCCUGGAGCUACAGAUCACCCUCUUUUUGCUCUUUGUUGUGAUUUACACACUCACAGUCCUGGGGAAUAUGGGGAUGAUCCUGCUAAUCAGGGUGGACCCUCAACUUCACACACCUAUGUAUUUCUUCCUGGCUAACUUGUCCUUUGUGGAUGUUUGCUACUCAUCCACCAUCACCCCAAAGAUGCUGGUAGAUCUAUUGUCUGAGAAGAAAACCAUCUCCUUUGCUGGCUGCUUCCUGCAGAUGUAUUUCUUUAUUGCCCUGGCAAAAACUGAAUGCAUCCUCUUUGGGUUAAUGGCCUAUGACCGCUAUGUGGCCAUAUGUAACCCACUCCUUUACUCCUUAAUCAUGUCCAGGACAGUCUGCCUUAAAAUGGCAGCUGGGGCCUUUACAGCAGGAUUGCUGAACUCCAUGGUUAACACAAGUUAUGUAAGCAGCUUACCAUUGUGUGGUUCCAAUAUCAUCCAUCACUUCUUCUGUGACAGCCCCCCUCUUUUAAAGCUCUCUUGUUCUGACACACACCUGAAUGAAAGCAUCUUUUCCACUUUUGCUGGUGUGAAUAUGGUCGGUGCUCUGCUGGUCAUCCUUAUGUCCUACUCCUACAUUCUCUUCCCCAUCUUUCGUAUGCAUUCAGGGGAGGGGAGGGGCAAAGCAUUCUCAUCUUGUGCAUCCCACUUGACUGCUGUAAUUCGGUUCUAUGCAACCUCCAUCUAUACUUAUUUGAGACCCAGUUCUAGCUACUCCCUGAGUCAGGACGAAGUGGCUUCCGUGUUCUACACAGUGGUUAUCCCCAUGCUGAACCCUCUGAUCUACAGCCUAAGGAAUAAGGAAGUAAAGAAGGCUUCAUGGAAUGUGAUUACCAGGAAAAGAAUCCCUUCCUUUAUGUGAUUGUGUGGGUAAUUUUCCAAAAUAAGUGGAGUAUUUAAUUAACCUUCAAAGCCUAGUUCAAGCAUACUGGUGUUCAUUAAAGUAUUUUCAAAGUAAAUACAUUCUGUAAAUACUCAAGUAUCUAUAUCCAAUCAUGGAUAAUAUAGAUUAAAACACCAGCACGGGACUACAGGAUCUUCAUCUUAUAAUCAUUGUAUAACUUCACUGGGUCCUUACCAAUACAGUUUAUUCAUAAUGAAAUCUUGGCCAUGGAAAUUAAGGGAUUAAAUGUUUAGAAAUAAAAGUCACAAUGUUAUAAAACCUACCAUGUAGGAUAUUCUGGACUAUUCAUUCAUUGUUUCUCUUAUGUAUUUAUUUUCACCACUUUUAAAAUAAUUGUUUUCUUUAUGUCAUAUAUUUAAAAAAUGCUUUUAUAUUAUAAUGGAUUUUCUUUUUUGAUUUAUUGAUAUUCCUUAUGGAGAGAGUUGCUUAAAUCAAAUUUCAGAGCUAUAGUUUUAUUAAAAUGUGAAACUUCCAAACAUUUAUUUCUCUUUUCCCACCUAUGUUUACAUGCACAUUAAUUAAAGAAUACGUAUGAGUUUGUAUAAAAAUAUGCCAUCAAGAAAACUGCUGACUGAUUAAAUUCAUGAAUUACAGUACU